AUGCCCCUGAUCCUCGGCCUCGGCGCCGCCGGCGGAAUCGGCUACUACCUCUACGGCGCCGGCGGCAACGCAAAGGCCGCCGAGAAGAAGUUUGAGAGCGACGCCGACCGCGCCUCGGCCAAGAUCAGAUCCCACCUCCCCGGCAACUCUCCCAACGCCGAAAAGGAAUUCAAGGGCUACGGCCAGGAGGCCGGCGCCAAAAUCGACAAGGCUUGGGCCGAAGCCGAUAGAGAAGCCAUCAAGCUCAAGAAGGAGGCCGAGGCCUAUGCCAAGGACGCCAAAAGCGAAGCUCUGAAAGCCGUCGACAAGUUUGACCGCAAGGUGGAGGACGGCGCGGCCAAGGCAAAGGGUGGUAUCUCGAGCUGGUUUGGCGGCAGCAAGUAA